CGACCCAUCAUCCCCCGCGGAAUUUCCAGCUAAUUAAAUAACGUCCACCGUUGACUCGUCUUGUUCAAGUUCGCAGCAAAAUCAGAGAUUUCGGAGAACAUCUCGCUCAUCGCCUCUCCGUCUCCAUCUCUCACAGCUCGUAAAGCUCUCUGCAACUCCACGAGUUCCGGGGGAGCUAUGAACUGGAUCCAACGGAAGAUCUAUCUCUACAAUGUCACGUUCGGGCUAUUCAUGUUGGAUUGGUGGGAACGUUGCCUUUUCAAUACGCUGAUGCUCGUGUUGAUCUGGUUCAUUGUGCGGUACAUUACUGACUUCUGCAGCAGGAUCCCUUCUCAGUUUUCAGCCUACCAUUCACCUUCUCCAUCUCCGGACAUCAAGUUCCCGAAGUAGUGGCUUUUCCACCUGCUUGAACUUGGGAUUUCACCACUGAAUUAGGUAUCUAUGGUUAAACAAUUAUAGCGAGAUAUAUCUUGUCAACUAUAAAUCGUGGUUCCAUGGUGACGAAGUUGGUAAUAGCAAAGAGCAACGAAUUGCUAAGCACGUAUUGUAAUCCAGAUUGAAGAAAGGUUUAGAUGAUAUUUUUCUUUUCUUUUUUGUCAUGAGAAUUUGUUGCAAGUGUGUAACCUUCUUGCUUACUCUUAGCCAUAGCAUCUUUUACUAAGGAUUUUUAUUUCUGAACUCUUUUUGGUUCAUCGGUGUUGCAAUGAAGACAUGUUUUGAUC